AUGCGCACCGUUCAAUUGCUUGCUGCCGUCCUCGUCCUUGGCCUGGUGGAGGAGUUGGCCAACGGACAGAUCGUUUCGCUCGGUUCCUGCCCGGAUAAUCCGGUAGUCGUGAAUUUUGACGUCGCCCGCUAUCUCGGUCUGUGGUACGAAACGCGCCGCUACGAACAAGUGUUUCAGCAAAAUGGCGAGUGCAUGACGCCCGAGUACUCCCUGAACGAGGACGGCACUGUUCGUGUCUUCAACUCGAUGGUGGUCCCUCCGUCCCAGGUACGCUUGUCCGAAUUGGGCAGCGCUGUUCUGGCAUUCCCCGAUCGAACACCGCUUGAGGCCAAGCUAAACGUCAGCUUCCCUCUCACUAACUCGGACCGGACAAACUACUUUGUGCUAGCAACGGACUACGACACCUACGCCGUUGUCUGGAGUUGCUUCGAAGUGGGGCCGACUAUGCGCGCUGACAGUGCUUGGAUUUUGUCACGAACGCCUCAGAUGCCAGCAACGGCAGUCGCCCAAGUGCAGCAAUACAUCGAUCUGUACCUCAAUGAAGCAGACCUGCGAACCACCAACCAGGACGAGCAAUUUUGCUGUGCGGUCGAUCCGGAAGUGACCGCGUUCCCGCAGUGCGAGUAA